CAUUCUGAUAGUUUAAUUGUGAAUUAAAUUGUUUGUAGACGGCUGGAAAUAUAUUUCUUUUCAAUAUAUAUAUAUAAACAGAGGAGGACAACAACUCAGUAAUGGCGGCUUGCGGUUGCAUUUUAAUUAUAAUUAACAGCAUCUUCCUGUGUAUAUCGGUGGCUAUUGCUAUUAUUGGUGGAAUACUUGCUUGGAAUUCAGAUGUCGUGACGAGUGUUUUGAAUAGUACACUGGUGUCUUAUAUUACAACAACAUUUUCUAGCAAAUUGUCUGUCAGUACAACUACACUUGUGACUAAUAUUAUUGCAAUUGUUCAACCUAUCGGUGUGGUUAUUUUCAUUUUGGGCAUGGUAAUGAUAGCUAUCUGUUUGUUAGGCAUCUUUGGUGCAUGCUGUAAAUCAAAAGUUUGUUUAGGCCUGUAUCUUGCAGUACUCAUUGCCAUUGUUAUCGCUAUCAUUGCGUUGAUCAUUGUGUACAAACUUUAUCCAACAGUGGUGACAUCAGUGCUGGAUACAGCUAUUGACUCAUGGGCCACGAGUUAUGUAUCAAUUGUUUCUGGUGAUACAAACAGUGUUCUGUUCGCCUCACUCAUGAUGCUCCUAAACUGUUGUGGAUCCAGUAGUGUAACGGAUAUCACAGGAUCAAGUAAAUUUUCAAAAAGUGACACAUAUUUAACGGUUUCGUACACAAAUCUUGUUCGUCCAAUUCCAUGUUGUAAAGUUGAUUCAUCUAUGGCUUUAAGUGAUUCAACGUGUCCAACUACCUCAUCGUCUACAAAACAGAAUGAUUCUACAGGGUGUAAAACUGUCAUUCGAACUUAUAUUACCACAUAUGCGGAUAUUAUAUUCUAUGUGGCACUUGGCAUCUUGGCAUUCUUUGUGCUUUUAAUUAUUCUAGCUUCAUUUGCGAUUGUUGGACUCUAGAAACGGCAGCAUCAGCCGCAGCCGCACUAGCAGCAGCAGCAGCAAAAGAAGGAGACGCGGCAGUUUUAUACAAGAACCGAUGAAAUUCACCAGGGUGAAUAUGUGUGUGUGUGCGUGUGCGUGUCUGCACACACUCUUGUACUCGCGUGUUUCUGUUCUGUGUUUCUUUCAGUGUUGUACCUUUGAUCAACCAUAAAAGUAGAACGC